UCCUCUGGGUCUUUCCAGAUGAAUUCCGGGGAUUCCUUCCUGGGGCUGCAGCCCCCGGCGUCGCAGCGGAGCCCGGCCGGCGCGCAGCCCCCGCUGGAUUCCCUGCAGCACGUCCUGCAGCAGCCGGGGAGGUUCGAGCCCCUCGUGGGGAGCCCUUUGUACUCCACGCAGCGCCUCGAUGCCAAUGGCAGCUGGCAGGACGCCGCCACCCCCUCGUCCAUCACCUCCCCCGCCGCCGACCUGGGCAGCGACGCCUCCAAUUAAAGAUUUCUUAAUGAAAAAGGACCUUUUUGAGAGGAGAGAGGUCAAUUAACGUUAAUUAAUCACGGGCCGAUCAAAUGACUGACUCGCAAUGAAUUAAUUACCUCAGAACAAGCCAAUAGAUUGUGAUGGCAGCGACACCUCUACCUCUCAGCGCCGACUCGGGAUUAUUUAUAACUUCAUUUCGCCUCAGAAAAUGACGUUUUUUUAAGGAAAAAACUUGGAUUUUACACCAAGAACCUGAAGAAGAAGGGAAAAAAAAAACGCCUUGGCGUUUUGUCUCCAGUUUUACAGCGGAAAAAAAUGGAUUUAUUUUCAUUUCCGUGCGAUUUUUUACGCUGGGAUUUCUGUUCCAGAUGAAUUAAUCCCCUCCCUACUGUAAUUGGAUGUUCUCUGUAUUGGAAUUUUCUAUAGGGAAUUCCAUACGAAAUUUCUAUAGGAAAUUUUUCUUAAUUAAUUUAGCUAAUUAAUGGGAAAGUUGCUUUACCAAACUUCUCGCUGGACAUCACUCGCAGGCCGGACCUUCCGCUGGUGUCAUUCCAAGGGAUUUUGUAUUGGGAAAUUCCAUGGCUUCACUUUUUCUGGUGAAAAAGUACAAAAAUAAAAUGAAAAACCCCAAAUUGACCACAAAACAGCCGAACCACGGGAUUUCCCCAUGGGAAUUCGAGGGGGUUUGUGCCGUUCUGGUGCUGUUUUCAGAGUCCGCCCUUUUCAGUUGAGACUUUAUCAAAGAAAAUAAAUUUCCAAAGCCUUU